AUGAUCUCCAGAACUGCAUUGAGAACUGCUACAGCUUCCCGUGCAACCUUCGUGAGACCAUUGGCUUUUUCCCAAGUUAGAUUCCAAUCUACUGCUGGCGGGAAUACCAUCAAACAUCUAACGAAUUUGCAUGAAUUCGAGGUCGCAAUGAAAGCUGACAAUUUGUCAUUAGUCGAUUUCUUUGCUACUUGGUGUGGCCCUUGUAAAGCCGUUGCCCCUCAUGUACAAAAGCUAAGUGAAAAAUACAAUAACGUCAAGUUCUACAAAGUCGAUGUCGAUGAAUCCCCUGAUAUUGCGGGUGCUUUGGGUAUCUCUUCUAUGCCAACUUUUGUAUUAUUCAAGAAUGGGAAAGGAUUGGGGAAGGUAGUCGGUGCUGACCCAAGAGGAGUGGAAGAAGCGAUUAAACACUUCAACAAAUAA